UUAUCGUUUAAUAUUUAUGUGUUAGCUUUUAUAUUGAGUUUUAAUAUAUUACUGUUCUUAAUACUGUAACAUUAUUACACAUUAUUUUUAAAUAAUUUUGUAUCUGUAUCGAUGUAAGGAAAAUACACUUCAUUCAGGGAAAUUUACUUCUCAGUCAUACCGGAGUGUUAAAAAGACAUUUGAGUAACAAAUGAUUUCCUCAGAGAAGAUAUGCUUUUAAGAGAACGUUUUCAUUAACUUCCAGUGACGUUGCUUUGAGCACAAUGUGCGAACUGUGAAAUGACUAUAAUACAGAUUUCUUCCCCACGUCUCUACUGAUUAUAUAUUAAUCAAGUAAACUUACUUUCUCGACAUUGAAUAUUUUAACUGGUGGUGUGCAGGAUUAGAAAAUUUAGAACUAACAAGAUGUUUAGCAUCAUGAAUUAAUCAUAAUGUGUAAAAGUGUGCAAUUAUUAUCUUCUUUUGAAAUAUAAUUGAAGUGAACUGGAAUUGAUCAUUCACUGAAAUUCUCAACUUAUUUGUUAGGAACACACAAUAACAAAAAUGAAAUCCAAGUAAACUAUCCGCAUAUUAGUGCUUCAUCUUCUGCUUUCAUGUAGAACAUGGAUAUCUGAUAUAGGGUGCACCGGAAUUUUGUUUCGUGGAUUUCAAUGGUAAAACGCGCGGAAUAAUAAUAAUUGAUUAUAUAACUAAUAAUUGAUUAUAUAAGUGUAUAUGAGGAGUGAUACAAAUAGUGAUACAUAUUUAGAAUGAAUAAUGACGAAAUUCUCUCAGAACGGUUUUUGUAUUGCUAAUAAAACUAGUUUCCACGAGUGGACACAAUAAUUCAACUCGAGCCAUUGCAGAAAUAAUUUGUCAUUAUUAGCCAUCAAUUUGUCCGGAAACUGUAAACAACGCUGAAGAUUUUGACUGUAUGCACAGUUUCGUAAUGAUGCCCUACUCCGUAACAUGGGAAUAAACUGAAAUUCGGAGUGCAUAAAGUUACAAUUCCCACACAUGUAACCGAUGUAACUGCGUAACCUGAACUAUUAUCCAUUUAAAUCCAGAAGAACGUCGAUUAUGUCGUGUGUUUGAAUUCAAGAAAUACGUAUAAGUUGUUUUAUGAUAUAGAUGUGUGGAACAAAUAUUUAUAUUGAAAAUCCUCUUAUGUUAAUACAGAAUACUUUUAUAUAAUAAGCGCAUGCAAUCGUCUGUUGGGUCACAUUACUACUAUAGAUUGAUGCCUCUUUAGGAAGCGGGAAAACCAUAUAUUUGACUUUUACAUAAACAAGAGCGAAGUUCUGUGUAUUACAUUUCACCAUGUGUCGGCAUGUAACAUGUCGCUGUCAUCCAUUUCAAGUAACAUCUGCAAGGACAUCCUGAAGAUCAGCAGCCAAGUGUCCUCACUCGAGUGGCGUCCUGUGGUCCCGAAUUUAUGAAGUUGAACGAAAUUCUGGUUCUGGCAGUGCAAGAUUGACACCAGUUUCUUGUUCAUCUCUUCCCAGGAAAGGACGGAACUCGAGAGAAGUAGCACCGAAUUAGGUUCCCUCGUUGGCGAUCAUCUUUGUAUGGCAGAAGGUCGACAUCGCCUGCAGGUAGUUGCCAUACUCCAACAAGAUCCUGCCUGUGCCACCAAGACACCCUAAGAUCCGCUAUAAUGUACAUGCAUCCGCCAUGGAUCUCCUGAGCGUUAUACAGCCAGUACAGAACCGAAGCCGGCAACAGGAAGAUCUGAAGGAUCCUCUGCAUGUGAAGCCAUUGUCUGGGUCCAUAAAGCUGUCUGUUGCCGAGAGACCCAGCGACAAUGACGUAUUUGUGCAGCCAGAGGAUGCGAUCUCGGACAGUUAUGUUGAUCCUUUCACUGUUGCGUCAGUACUCGCCAACAAUUCACCAACGACAAUCCUGCCAUCUUACUUUGAUGAUGUUAUCGUGGGUCGUAUUACAUGCAACAAUACGGCUAACGGAACGGGGUAUACAUCGCUCCUCGACUGUUACAACGGUUCAUAUGCUGGAGAACUGUUCAACAAUGCCAGUGGAAACGGUAGCACCGUCGGAGGAGCAAGAGGAGAAGAACCACUCACUGACGUCAUCCUUAUGGGUGUUACGUCACUCAUUCUUGGCCUCAUGAUCCUCAUCACUGUCAUCGGAAAUGUGUUCGUCAUCGCCGCCAUCCUGCUGGAACGCAACCUGCAAAACGUGGCUAACUACUUGAUAGUCUCACUUGCAGUGGCGGAUCUCAUGGUGGCGUGUCUUGUCAUGCCACUCGGUGCUGUUUACGAGAUCAGCAAAGGUUGGAUUCUGGGCCCCGAGCUGUGCGACAUGUGGACAUCUAGCGAUGUUCUAUGCUGCACCGCUUCCAUACUCCACCUGGUCGCUAUCGCUGUAGAUAGGUACUGGGCUGUGACAAACGUGGAUUACAUCCACACGCGAAAUGGCACCCGGAUUGGAAUCAUGAUUGUGGUAGUGUGGUUGGUGGCUCUCAUCGUCUCGCUGGCACCACAGUUUGGCUGGAAGGACCCGGACUACCUGGACCGCAUCAACCUGCAGCAGCGGUGUAUGGUGAGCCAGGACGUGGCGUACCAGAUUUUUGCUACCUGCUCCACGUUCUAUGUCCCUCUCCUUGUGAUCCUUGUGCUCUACUGGAAGAUCUUUCAGACAGCAAGGAAGAGGAUACACAGGCGACGGCAACAGAGAACCAUAGUAGGUGGAAACAGCGCUCAUGGUGGUGGAAUUACUAAUAAGACUUCUAACAACACACCACCAGCAGCAUCAAAUUUAAGUACUGGCAGGUUUAUAACUAAAAGAAGGUUCAGAAGAAUGAAGUCGAAUAAGAAAUCCUCGGCCGCAGAGGCUCUAGUAUCUUCACUGGUACUAGUGGAAGGACAUUCCACAGUAUCUGUGGAUGUUACUGGUGAGGACGAUGAGACUCAUAAGAGUUCAGACACCAGUGGUGCCUCUGGUGCUGGUGGUGGCAGUGUUGCAGAAAACUUGAAGGAUACACGCAUUGUUGGUGAUGGUGUUGAGGAUGAUGGUAAAGUAGUAACAACAGCUUUCACUAUUUCUAAAAGUAUAGUAGAGUCAACUGGUGCUGUUAGUAGUAGGGACGGUGUAGGACCAAUAACAGCUACUUCAAAUAACGUGUCCCCUGAAAAAUCGUCGACGGCAACCACAACUAACAAUGGCUCGGCAAGUCAUCAGAGCCACAUCAGCGAUAUGAGUCGCGUUGAGAUUCUUCAGAGAGAAUCUUCCAACGAUGCUAAGGACGUAACUGUUGGUGGUGGGAAUAUUAAAGAGAAGCUGCUGAUGACUAAUAAUCAAAGACGUGAUAAGAAAGAAAGUCUUGAAGCAAAGAGGGAGAGGAAAGCUGCCAAGACACUGGCUAUCAUUACGGGAGCCUUUGUGGUGUGCUGGUUGCCAUUCUUUAUAUUGGCACUUCUAAUGCCUCUUUGCGAUGCUUGUUAUAUCAAUGACUAUAUGCAAAGUUUUUUCUUAUGGUUAGGGUAUUUCAACUCCACAUUAAAUCCUGUGAUCUACACAAUUUUCAGUCCAGAAUUUCGACAGGCUUUCAAGCGAAUUCUUUGCGGCGGUGGAAGGAGAUCUAGACCAAGAAAUUUUAGACCAGGGAAACUUAGAUAGGAACUGUGUCACACUGUUUAGGUAAGAGUUUAAAAUAACAAACAAUUUUAUUAGGGGCUAUGGACGAUUCAUUAUACUUUGUAAAUAAACAUGAAAUUUGAUGUGUGUGAUGAAUGUUUCGAUUGUUUUGGUGCAAAUGGUUAAUGACAACGAACUCCGAUGUUUCAUAUUAAUAUACGUAAACUAAAGUUUCUUGUCAAGGCUUUAUAUUUCCAUAAUAAUUAUUUGUUUUUAUUUGAAAUAUACGAAAGUAUAUGCUUCAUUAUAUAUAAGGGAGAGGAGGAAAUUUUACUACCAUGUCUUUCCAAGUAGUCAUAUCUACAUAUUGGAAAUGGUAAUUGGCGUCUAGCAGGUUAUACUCCAAUGUUCAUAGAUUAAAAUUUCGCAUUUUAAAGUAAAGAGUGACAUUUUAAAAUUAAUAUUAGUUAAUAAGUAUCGAUAUAUUGAUGUCACGAAAAUGUAAGCUGUAGGCAGAAUGGUUAAUCAUAAAUCUGUAUAUGAAACAGGAUUAGGUAGCUUAUUCAUAUUAUAAUGGUCUGUUAUAAAGGCUAUUACUAAUUUCGGUGAAACGGGCAAAACUCGUAAGUGUUUUUAAAGUGUAAAUAGUAGGUAAGGGCUGUACACGAAAUAUACUGGCUAAAUGAAUCGAAAAGGUGCUUUACUCUCAUUCAUUUUGUAAAUGGCAUAUUUGUGAAUAAAGGAUGAAGUUAAAUCUUAUACGUAGAAUAGAAUAAUUCUGUGAUACUUUUAAUUGGUGCAACCUCCAUUAUACCUAAUAUUAGCUCAGUUAAAAUUUCAGGUACAGCCUUUGUAUUAUGUAUAAUGUAAUUAUUUUGGGUUAGCGAGAAACAAAAUACAUAGGUUUUGUUUCGAUACUAGAGCUUAUGUUGUUCCUGUGGAUACAGCCCUUUCAGUGUUAAUAUAGCUAGAAUCUACUGAACACUUACACUUUAAAAAAUUUCACGUUAAUAUUCUAAUUUUAUUAAAAAUAUUCCUAAUUUCAGCUCUUUACCUUAAAUAACAUACGUUUCUUGUGUUAACUGGCCUCAAGUACUGUAUACAUUUAAACGUUUGCAUACACAAGAAUUUUACCACAAAGUGAUUCUUUUUUAUUUUAAUAUUUCAAAGGACGUUGUAAUAAUAAUAAUGAAAAUGAUAAUAAUAAUAAUUUAAUGUUUUGGAAAUCACGUGAGAGUAAUUACAGUGAAUAGUGUAUCCACAUUUAUUUAAAUCAGGGAUCAUAAAUUAGUCUUACAAAAUAUAUGGUAUAUUCAAAAUUAAGGUGGUGCAUAUUGUAUUUAACAAAGUAAGUGUAAUAGCCUAUCAAUUUAGCUAGAUUUUAAAUAAAUAAAAUACACCCACUUCAUUGCUUUAAAUUGAACAAAUUGUGAUUUAUAAUGAAAACGUGUAAACAUCAUACUUCCCGUUACAGUACUUAAUAAUAUUCUUCUAAACAUUGGGGUAAAGUGACUGAAUACUAAAGGAAAAGGACCUGGAAUAUUUUGUAGUCUCUUGUUCUUUUCUUACAUGUCAGGUUGAAAGUAAUUCACACAACCUACACAUAUCUACUUACAGUGUUCAUGUCCCUCUGUUUUUAAUUCUGUAAACAAAACAUUUCAAAUGUUAACAAUAUUCAUUACUAAGGAUCAGUCGUACUUAGAGUGUGAGUGAGUCUUUUGUUACUUCAAGUCUGCAGUUGCUGGAUGAAUGUGCUAUGGAAGCAAGCAAUUAUAUGGAACAAAACUAAUCAAAAUACUAUAUUUCCAUAUGUUUAAGUUAAGUAAUUAACUCAAUUAAGUGUAUUCAAGUACAUAUACUACAGCCCCAGUGGGCCUAGGCCUACCUCCAUGAACUUCUCCGUUCACUUCACGUACAUAUACAUGCAAAUAAAUAAGGAAUGUAUAUAGUCGCAAUAUGCACACAAGUACUACUCUGAUAACAUUUGUUUUCGUGAGUAAGCAUACUAUCCACAUGUGCAAAUAUUUCUGAAUUCCAUCAUGUUGUGUUUUACAUACUUUAAAAAGAGGAUUUUUAGACUUGCUAGUUUUGUAGAGUUCAUGAAACCACAGUGACUACAUUGUUUUAUUUUAACACCAUUUUAUAACAAAAAAUUCUUUAUUAAGAAUGUAAAUCUAAUGUUUUCCAAAUGUAUAAAGAAACUAAUUAUCCAUAAAUUUCCAAUCUUCUGACAUUAAUAAGAAUUUAAUUUGCAAGGGAAAAUAUAUGCAACAAAGAUUUAAUCUUACAAAACCAAAUUAAUUCUAACAUACAAAAACUUAAAUGAAUUAAUCAUCAAUGGAUCGUUGUAUAUUUCUAUUUAAUACUUGUGUGUGGUGCAGAUUCUUGCAUAUUGGGUAAUCAUAAUAUUAGCAUAGCUUCAUUUUUAUCUGGCUAUUUAUCUUAGGUGUUCAAAGACCAAGAGUUAAAUCUGAAUACCGCAUGCUUCACUUCCAUCAUAGUAGCUAAUGACAAUGUAAAUGUUAUUAGAAAAUAGGCAUAUACCCACCUCCAUCAUACACUAACAUGAAUGAGUUAGAAACAGAUUCAGUGAAUAAAAAUAUAUCCUUUGCCAAAGUUAAGACUGCAUAAACGCGCAUUUGCACUUUGUUUUGAUAUAAAACAUAAUAAGAUUUUAUAGCACAGAAAGUGCUUGUAAGAUAAAUGUUAUUCACUUAUUACUCAUAUGUAUAAAGGAAUGUCAAUAAAUAUUUAAUUCAAAUAUCUACCAAGAUCAUUAGGUUAUAGUACAAUGUUCAUGAUCAGUAAAGAAUUAACAAAAGGCAGAUUAAUAGCAGCUUAUAAUCUGCAUGAAAGGAAACAAAAUUAUUUUCUGUGUUUCGGUUAUUACUUAUAGAUGCUUUUUACAGGUUAUGGAGUUGAAAUAAUUCAAAACUGCUCUUCUUGUUUCAUAUGACAUGAGAUUAGCAUGGUGGGGGUAGUUGUAAGGAGACAAAUUGCGUUCAUAUAUUUUUAAUAACAGAUUAUAUUACUGUCAUAUAAGCCUAUAAGUAGGAAGAGUAGGUCCAUCUACAGUGAACCUUGUCGAUGGAAGAAGGUCUGUGUAUUUUUGUGACAUUCAUAAAUAUGCAGUGAAAGUUAUGAAGACAAAUUAUCAGACACCACACUCACUACACAUGCAUCAUAUUACAUGAUCAGAAUUAUAAGUCUAUAACAGGACUGACGUUGUAAUCAAAGAAAUAUUUAUUAAAUGUUAAAUACUAAAGAUAUUUAUUUGUGAAAAUCCAUGCCCAGGUGAAUCAAAUGCAUCAUAUAUUAGUCUGUGUAAUGUUGUUGUGUGUGUGUGUUUCAUAAUAUUAUUACACUUAUUUCCUGUUACAUUUAUGUUACAUCAU